UUUGAUUUUGUUUACAGCGUUACUUGCGAGCGUGGGUGUUGUUGUUGUUAUUGUUGCUAUUGGUGCGGCAGUAAAUUGUAGAGUGACGCUGCAGCGAAAAACAAGUGCUAUGAGUGAUGAGGAUGUUAUUCGACGGAGGCUCCUGAUUGAUGGUGAUGGUACAGGGGAUGACCGUAGACUCAAUGUUUUGCUAAAAUCAUUCAUAAAGUGGUGUAAUUCUACAAAUGAAACUCCACAAGAAAGUGCCUUGGCUCAUGAUAGAAUGCUGGCACAGCUUUCACAGUGUGAAUUUGCAAUGACAAAAUCACGCCUCUCAGCUGAAAUGAGUGCAGCUGAACUACGAAAUUAUGAAAGUUUAGCUGAAGAAAUAGAAAGGCGUAUACAGAAUGCAAAAGAAGAAAUAGAAAGCACAAAGCAAGAACUUCAAGAAGCAAAAACUGUGAGGAAAAACCGUAUAGAAUAUGACGUUUUGGCUAAAGUCAUAAAUGAACAACCAGACCGUAGGGAGACUGAUGAGAAACUAUCAACAUUAAGGAAAGAACUGGGAUCUCUCAAGGAAACAGAGGAACAGCUGGAAAGGAAACUUGAUAUGAGAAGGAAACAAUUCCAUGUGCUAGUUGCUUCCAUUCAUCAGCUUCAGGCAAUGCUGGAUGAAGAUGCUGAGGAUAUAAUGGAUGUAGCAUUAGAAGAUCCAUUUGAUGAUGAACUAGAAAUUAGAGCAGAGCCAAUGGUGGAAUAAGUGUGCACAGUUCUAUCCUGUGUUUUGUGUUCAAAUUGUAAAUUUAAGUUUUGUAUUUUGUGAACAUUUAUACUAAAUAUAUAUCAGUGAAGCAGA